AUGAAAAUUUCAGGUAAAAUUUUAUUAUUGAUUGUUUUCGUAUGUUACAUUUCAACAGCAUACAGUAGGCAAAAAACAAUUAAAGAUACUGUUAUUGAUACAGUAUCUACUAGUGCAAAAUCUGGAGCAAAAUUAGCAACGGAUACUACUAAAACUGCCGGUGAUUAUGUUGUCGAUGUUGCAGUAUCUGCAGCUAAAGUUAGUCAAGAUGUAGUAGCUAGUGCUGCUAAAGUAGCGAAAGAAUAUACAGUUGCUGGUACCGAAAAAGAUCAAGAAAUUUUCAAUGAAUACGUUAUUCCUGCUGCUAAAGUUGGUAUUGAAAUAGCACAGGAGGCAUUUAAGGAAUAUGUUGUUUCAACAGGUGUAAACGGUGCUGAAAUCGUUAAAGGAGAAAUUCUCGGAGCAGCUGAUAUUCUAAAACAAAAAGUCACUAAAGCAGCCAAAGUCGGUUCAGAAUAUGCUGAAAUCUUCGGUGAAAAAGUUGAUACAGCUGCUGAAACAGGUAGUGAAUAUUUAGCACAAGGUACAGAAACCGUGAAGGAAUAUGCUACAGAAUAUGCUGAUGAACUACUUAAACAAAGCAAAGUUUUCAAAGAAAUCGCUAAGGAAAAUCUUGAUGAAGAUGCUACGGAAACAAUUGCUAGUGCAAAACAAUUUGCUGUUGACGCUGUAAAAACUACUGGUGAACAUGCAACUCAAGCGACUGGAAAGAAAUUUGCAAUCAAGGCUGUUAAAAUCGGUCACAAAUAUGGUGAAGAAGCACUUGAACAAACAGAAAAAUAUGCCGGACACGUAUAUGAAGCUGUUUUUAACACGAUGAAAUUUCUCUAUUCAUUUUGUGCUGUUGUUUCUGUACUUGUCAUAUCAAGUAAAGCUCAUACACCAGGAACAGUUACUGUCGAUUCACUCACAUUCGACAAAAUACUACGUAAUUUUGACGUUGUUUUAGCAAAAUUUGAUGAUAAAUAUCCUCAUGGUGAUAAACAUGAUCAAUUUAAGAAAUUUGCUGAAAAUGUAGCCAAUGCGAAAAAUCUUCUUGUAGUUGAAAUUCCAAUAACAGAUUAUGGUGAAAAAGAAAAUGAACAAUUGGCUAAGGAAUAUAGUGUAACUAAAGCUGAUUUUCCUGCAUAUAAAUUAUUUAUUAAAGGAAAAUCUAAACCAAUUGAUUAUACUGGUGAUAGCACUGAAGAAGAUCUUAAGCGUUUUCUUUCACAAAAUACAGAUCUUUGGUUUGGUUUAUCUGGUACACUUGAAAGUUUAGAUCGUAUAUCUCGAGAAUUCUUCGAUGCAUCAUCUGCAAAUGAUGCAAAAACUCAAAACUCUUUAGUUGAAAAAGCACGAGAAGUAGUUCAAGGUUUAACUGAUAAAAAAGAACAAAAGAGUGGUGAAUCUUAUAUUAAAAUAAUGGAAGCAGCAGUGAAACAAGGAGUAGAAUUUUUUAAACGUGAAGAACGACGUGUACAAAAUUUAUUAAAAGGAAAGAUCACCACUGAAAAACGAGUAGAAUUACAAAAUCGUGCCAAUAUUCUUCUUUCAUUCAAAACAGUUAAAGAAACUGGUACUGUCGACAAAGAGCUGUAA